UUUACCACAAGCAAGAGGCUAAUAACAGUUCUGCUUGCAUGGACCUUCAUGCCUUUUUGAUUAUUUUAAUUUUUGCUGAUUAGAAAAAAGCUCAAGAAACAGUUUUAUAAAUGUAACGUAAAAUUUAUGGAAUUUUAACUCUAGAGAAGGAAGAUAUAAAGCAGUUACAAAUCAUAAAGUGGUUCUUUGUAAUGUAAGAAAAAAUUUCAGUUUUGGGGGAGCUAGAGAAAAUCUUCCCAUCAUGGGUCAGCGCCUGAGCGAGGACAAUGACCCGGACAAGGAGAUCGACGUGGCAGAGCUGCAGGAGUGGUACAAAAAAUUUGUCGUGGAAUGCCCAAGUGGAACGCUUUUCAUGCACGAGUUCAAGAGCUUUUUUGGUGUCACCAAUAACAAGGAGGCUGCAGAUUACAUCGAAAACAUGUUUCGAGCCUUCGACAAGAACGGCGACAACACCAUAGAUUUUCUGGAGUACGUAGCAGCUUUGAAUUUAGUUCUUAGGGGCAAAUUGGAACACAAGCUGAAAUGGACAUUCAAAAUGUAUGAUAAAGAUGGGAGUGGAUGCAUCGACAAAACAGAACUUCUUGAAAUUGUGGAGUCUAUUUAUCGGCUAAAGAAAGCCUGCCAUGGAGAGCUGGAUGAAGAAUGUAAUCUGCUUACCCCAGACCAAGUGGUUGACCGGAUAUUUGAGCUGGUUGAUGAAAAUGGAGAUGGUGAGCUCUCUCUAGAUGAGUUUAUUGAUGGAGCACGCAGGGACAAGUGGGUGAUGAAGAUGCUGCAGAUGGACGUGAACCCCGGCGACUGGAUCAAUGAGCGAAGACGCUCUCACUGAACAUUCUGGCAUAAAUAAAUGAUGCACAAAACGUAGGCACAUCUGUUGUUGAUGCUUGUAAAGGGAUCAUAUGUUUUUAGAAGUUACACGUUCAAUUAAGCAAAGGUGCAAAUGAAGAACAGUGUAAUUAAUUGUUGCCUAUUUUCUGAUAGGUUUGUUUUACAGUUAUAAAUCACUUACUGUAUGUCCUACUGAUUGUGUCAUAAACCAAGCAUAAAAAUUGUUCAAUAAAAAAGGUUUAAAGUUG